UUUCUGGAGGCAGAGAGAGAAAACAAGCAUCAGAAGUACUCAGAACUAUCUUGUUCCCAAAGAAACCAGUAUGGAGAGGCUUCAGAGGAUGUUCGCCGGAGCCGGCGGAGGAGCUUUGGGACACCCUCCACCGGAUUCGCCCACUCUCGAUUCGUCGGAGCAGGUCUACAUCUCCUCGCUCGCCCUCCUCAAAAUGCUCAAACACGGUAGAGCUGGGGUUCCCAUGGAGGUAAUGGGACUGAUGUUGGGAGAGUUUGUGGAUGAGUACACCGUUCGUGUUGUCGAUGUCUUUGCAAUGCCUCAGAGUGGUACUGGUGUUAGCGUCGAAGCUGUUGAUCACGUUUUCCAGACCAACAUGCUCGAUAUGCUUAAACAGACUGGAAGACCAGAGAUGGUUGUUGGGUGGUACCAUUCACAUCCUGGGUUUGGCUGCUGGCUGUCUGGUGUUGACAUUAACACGCAGCAGAGUUUUGAGGCAUUGAAUCAACGAGCUGUAGCCGUGGUGGUGGAUCCAAUUCAAAGUGUAAAAGGAAAGGUGGUGAUCGAUGCCUUUCGCCUCAUCAACCCACAAACGAUGAUGCUUGGCCAAGAGCCACGACAGACCACAUCCAACCUUGGCCAUCUUAAUAAACCAUCCAUUCAAGCGUUGAUACAUGGUCUGAACAGGCAUUACUACUCUAUCGCAAUUAACUACAGGAAGAAUGAACUUGAGGAGAAGAUGUUACUUAACCUUCACAAGAAGAAAUGGACUGAUGGUCUAACUCUUCGGAAAUUUGAUACCCAUUCCAAAACUAAUGAGCAGACCGUGCAGGAGAUGCUUAACUUAGCAGUAAAAUACAACAAGGCUGUACAGGAGGAAGAUGAAUUGCCUCCUGAGAAGCUUGCAAUUGCAAAUGUGGGAAGACAAGAUGCGAAAAAGCAUCUAGAGGAACAUGUCUCCAACUUAAUGUCUUCCAACAUUGUUCAAACUUUGGGAACAAUGUUGGACACUGUUGUCUUUUAGGGUUUUUUUUUUUUUUCAAAGCCAAUCCAUGAAAUAUUGUGUUGAACCAAAAAGAAGCAAGCCCUUUGAUUCCUUUGUAAGACCCUGUAGUCUUUAUGAUCUCAUAGGCUUGCAUGCAAUUGAUAGCACCAUUCAGAUUUGUUCCUGUUCUGCUUAAAUUUCUCUUACUGAAUAUUUUACUUAUUAAACAAAUUCCUUGUGUUGGACUUGAAUUGCAUGUUGCUCUUUAUAAAAUGGUUAUUCCGUUAGCCGGCA